AUGGAGAAGACGAUGUUGAAGGCUAUCAAGUACCUAUACAAAUAUGUUUACAAAGGUCAUGAUCGUGUAGCUUUUUCCAUAUCAUACAAUAAUGAAGAAUAUUUGAUAGAUGUAAUUAAGCAGUUCAGAGAUGCAAGAUGGGUGUCUGCACAAGAAGCAAUGUGGAGAAUUUUUGAAUUCAACUUGAAUGAAAUGUUCCCAUAUGUUAUAAAUUUACAAUUGCAUCUACCAAAUAAGCAAAUGAUAUGGAAGUUGAAAGAAGCUAUAGGACGUGUCAAUUCAACGAAUCCUUCGGAAGGAGAGAGAUUCUAUUUAAGGUUAUUAUUAAAUCAUGUAAGAGGCCCAACAUCUUUUGAACAUCUAUUGUGUGUUGAUGAUAUACGAUGCUCAACUUUCAAAGAAGCUGCUCAAAAGCAAGGUCUUCUUAAAAGUGAUAAUGCUAUUUCAGAAUGUUUAGAAGAUUCAACUGGUUUCAACAUGCCUAUCAUAGUACGUAAACUUUUUGCAAUGAUACUUGUUUAUUGUGAACCCGGUGAUGUUAAAAAGCUUUGGGAUUAUCAUUUUGAAGCACUUUCUGAAGACAUUCAAAAAAGAACUGGAGGAUCUGAAUAUCAUACAAUGGAGACAAUAAGAAGUGUCAAUUCUUUCCUACAGAGUAUGGGCAAAAGCGUCAAAGAUUAUGAUUUAUCCCAGAUAAAAGACAUUUUCAAUCAGUUCAAUGGAAAUCAUCCAAGAGAAAUAGUAGAUGAAUAUUCAAUUAAAGUUCCUUCUGAAGAUUAUGAUGCGAAAAAUAAUUUAAAUCCAGAGCAGUACAAUGCAUACAAUGUCAUUCUUAAGCAGAUAAAUGCUAACCAGAGUGGUAUUUAUUUUAUUGAUGGGCCUGGAGGUACAAGAAAAACAUAUUUAUAUCGUGCACUACUUGUAACGAAAAGAUCAAAGAAUGAAAUUGCAUUGGGCAACAACGACAUCAAGAAUAGCAGCUGCAAUAAUACUAGGAGGCCGAAUAGCACAUUCUAG